AUGAAUGAUGGCGCCGAUACUGCAACUGAAGCCGAGGGUGAGCAGCAUGCCACAUGCACGGGUGAGACCGGUGGCAAGCUUUCCAAGCGCCCAACCAAGACCAAGCCGUCCAAAAAGAACAUGGCCAGACAUUUCUCUCCAUGGCCUUGUCCUGGAGGAAGCGGUGCCUCGAAAUCUGCGCUCUCUUUGAUUUCCCAGAUGACUGCUGGAACUGUGGGGCCUGUGCUGUCGCUGCGCACAUCGCUGGCUGGGUGCCGGGGUGCGGAUCUGCACGCGGUGCUCCGCGCCCUGGAAAACAACCAGGAUAUCCACUUCCUGAGCAUCGGCUGCAAUGGUGCGUUGGCUACCUCCACAUCAUUGGCUUCCCUGUUGGCUCAAGUGCUCCGGCCAGCGGCAAAGGUGUGCCAAAGUGCGAUAACGUAUGAUGAAGUUGUUGACUUUCUGACAUGCACAAAGCUGCCAAAGACUGCAGUUCAUUACAUGAGAGUCUCGCACACGGUGCGAAAAGAAGCGGAACUCUACCUCCCAAAGUUUGCAACGAAGACAGCUGAUGGAAAGAAGCUCACGCCGAAGUUCUGCAUUGACGAUGGCAGGUUGCACUUUGCAAUAGUCUCCGGGUUCGUCUUCAACUCAUUCGAACUACCACCUGAGCUUUCCGUUGUUGGUCGCGCGUGCGAGGCAGGCUCCAUAGCUGCAGCACGCGUGACAAGAUCGGUGCUCAAAGGGAUGAGAGCGCAUGGUCACGAAAUGACUGACCUUGAUGACCUAGAGACAGUUGUUGACAAACUUGACGACGACAAGUUGCGACAGGAGGUGGCAGACAUGUCCAGGCCUUACCUCGCUCUUACGCAUCUCCUGAACCUGCUGGACGCUCAGCGCAUCAGCGCUAGCCGCGACCGUUCGCUUCCCAAAUGGGCAUCAAUGCUUCAAAAGUGGCGCUACGCAACAUUUUGUGAAGACAGCGGCUCACUGCAAGGCGACGCCUGCGAGUGGUUUGCUCAUUUCGUACCUCUAUCAAACUUUGUGUUGUGGAUGCUGCCGCAUUUGAAAGGGACAAUGUUCAAGACAGAUGCCCAUGAUAUGUCAGGGUCGUGGGUGAUAUGGAGUCGAGACAUGCUGCUCUCGGCAAGAGACUCCGUGAGGUUCCAGUACAAGGUCAUGGCCACCUCACGUCUGUUGGAGGCUGUCGGAACGGUCGAGUUUCCUCCUUAUGAACCGCUGCUGGCUCUUGUGCAUUUCUGCAGAGCUCUUGGCCGCCGCCAUGGCCGUGCCGCCUUUGUCGUGUUUGGUGAGAUUGAGACGCUGACUUUUGGAAUCGGGCUCGCUCAGCUGAGCAGGCUCGACACACGCUGUGAUCUCCUCGUCAACGCGAUCAGAAAGGUGAGUCUUAGUCUCGCCACAGAGAUGGGCGUUAGAGCAAACGUGAACACAACGGGGAACCCGGUUGUGCUAAGGUACGAGCGGGUCGAACCCAACGAACCUGAGAUCGAGGCCAAUUUCGCCUAUGCAGUCACCGUGACGCAGGCUUUUGUCGCGAUGAUUCGAGCAGCUGCCCCCACUGAGCAUCAGCUUCCUGAGGUGUUCGGGCUCCUUCGCUGGAUGGGAUACGACAUGUGCUGCGUGCGUGAUUCGUUUAGCAAGAGCCAGAAGGUGAUGACGGAGCCCAAGGUGGCAACAAGCGAAACGGUGGAGGCAGCAAAGUCUGCUGCCGGGUCUGUGGCCAAACAAGUGUCGGAGUGCCAUCUGAUCAAGCAUCAUCGACUGCCGACGAUCAUCGGUCGUUGUGACACGGCAUCAGAGCUGCUCAACAGCUGGUUUAAUGAGCGUGCAGCCACAGUUGAUGCAAUGCUGAAACAUGCACCGCCCAACAGGGCAUGGUUUGAUGUCCCCUUUGCCAGGCUCAUCAGGUUCGAUCCAAUACCUGACCCGGCUAAGAACACCCCACCGAAGGCAGUCAUGCUGCCGACAGGUAACGUGACAGCGAUGUACAAUGACUCGGUCCUUGGCGCACACGUUGAGCAACAAGAGAGUCGAAAGCUGACUCAGUCAACAUGGGAGUCGCUCGAUGAAGCGUUCGUCUACCUGCUGUGGUUUUUCUGCGUCUUGCCAGUCCAUGUUGCGUAUGCCAUCUACGGGUCGUCCCCGAAGGAGAAGCGGCUUGACUGGAUGUCGCGCUGUUACACGUUCACUGUGCGCGCAACGCGACGGUUCUUCUCCGUUGGCGAAAACAACCUGUCGCAGGAAGGUGGAAUGAUGAACUACAUUGAGGCGCAGACGGUCACGGCCUCGGAGAAGGAGGUGACGAAGAGACUCAUGGGUGCGCCGAGGCAGCAUCAUGCGUCUGUUACGGCGACAGAUGAGGCCGUGUCAGCAGUGAAAACAGCAGCGAUAAACAGGGGGAGCGCCAAGGGUCGUGUCUGGACCUGGCGAUUACAAGCCGACUUCAAGCGCUGGUGUCAGCAGUGGUUCGAGGGUUGCAUGAGACCCCACAGCAUUCUCAUGGACCGUCUUCAUGGGUUCAAGGAGUCCGCCAAUCUCUGGGUCAAGGCAGCAGCAGACCCACGGUCGCCACUGCCCCCGGAAGACAGGCUUGUCUGGCUGAGCUAUGCCAAGCGAGACAGAGAGGCAAGAUUCCUCCUCAAGGAGCUUCAUAAUACAACCCCUGAGAGGGUGCGCGAGUCGCGGCCGGACCUCCCACCGGAAGGACAAGCACCAAUUGACCCUGUGUACACGGGUGCUGAAUGGAAGGGUGCGAACCCUUACAACUUUGAGUACUUCACGCGCCAGCAGCUGAUUUUUGCCGAGUGCAUCCAAGUGCGGGCACAUCGGUACCACCCGCCUGCUGCUUGCGUGCUCUCAGCCAUAGAGUUUCACGGCUGCAGUGAAGCCGAGCGUCAAAUCCUCGCUCAUUACCGCCUCAUGCGAAUAGUGGUCAGGACCAGGGCACAGCUUCAGGCUGAACCAGUGGGCGACACUAUGUCAGUGGCACCAAUGACCGUUGAUUUUGAGCGAGAAGCCUACGACAUCAUGAGGAUUGUCAUGGCAGAGAUCAAUGAUCUCUUCGCUGAAAUGAGGUCACUCACACAAUCUGCAAGGAACAGAAAGCCGCACAGGGAUCGCCCCGUGGUCAGGCGCCCUUGUCGCUUCUUCACAACAGCUUUCUUUCAGCGACACAUUGCUGUGCCUCACUACACAACGGCGCAUCACCCCUUCCCUGAUGCACGCCACACGGAGUCGAACAUCAGUUACCUGCUUGGGCAGGAACUGGCCAAUGAUGGUCUCAUCACACCGGUGGAAAGCGACUUGCGCAUAGUCAGAAAGCCAGGGCAUCACUUUGGCCCGCCACUAUGGCUCACAUCAUUAGCGGGUGGAAGAACCAUCGAUCAGUGCCUCGAGGAGGCGCGAGGGUACCGUGCUGCUUCCGCCUCGGCAGCAAGGGCGAUGACCGCUAUGAAGUUCAGUGGCGAGUACAACGAGCCUCUUGGCAUGGCUGAUUCAUUUAACGAGGAGGACAAGGCCAUUCUUCUUGAUUGGAGGCACAACUAUCAUGGUCAAGAGGGUGUGUAUCGCACCGAUGCUCGAUGGGGCGAUGGGAUCCAACAAAAGAAAGGCACAAUAACCACGUGCGGGGUCGUCGCUGAUGCUGGUGACCGCAGCAACACCGUCACCUGGCUCAAAGGGGCUGGAGAUAAUCAGAACAUCGAAGGGACUCAGCCCGUUCCGGACGCUUGCUGCAUUGGUGAUGAGUUCAAGCCAGAAUGGGUGCGAAUUCUCUCGGCUCAUGUUCGCAGCUUCACCGCGACCCUAUUUCAGGUGGCUGAGGCUAAUCAGGUGCCUCUCAAAUGGGAAGAAACAGUGGCCAAUGACUCGAGCAUCGAGAUAUAUGGCAGGAAAUGGGCGAUCGAGGGUCGAGUGAAGGCCACAAUGGCGAAGAAGGUAGGGCGUCUGUCAGAGGCUGUCAACGCUGUCGUACAUGACGUCUUCGUCGUCAUGUCCUCCGUCUGGGCGUCCGCUUUGUCGGCCACGAGCGGGUGCUUCACUUUCUAUCCUGUGUAUGAGCUUGCUGCCUCGGAGUCGUUUGCACUGUGGGUGCUAGAUCACUUCGUUCCAUCUACGCUCCCGUUGGAGCCGUGUGCCCAUGCCAAGACAGUGUCACACCGAAUGGGGUUCUUCAUCUACAUGGUUGUUAGUGUUUUGACGUCGGAGUUCGCCGAACAUGACUGGGAGUUCUUUCUGAUGGGGAUGUUGGAGGUGGCCAGGCUCAAAGCACUGACUCGCGAGCGGCGGUUGCUGGACAAAGCGAUUUCCUCAACCAAGGUGGACAGGACCCACGCUGCCUGGCUGGACAUACCGCGAGUCUUUGGGCUCGUGAUGCGGUCCAAGAAUCUGACGAAAUGUUUCUGGCGUCCUUACCAGGAGGGUGAGUUUUGGCGGAGGGCAGGGUUUCACUGCUCCGGCCUACGCUUGCUCCCCGACUCUGCUGGCAAACGAGUGAACCCUGCGAUUCAGCGGCUGACCAACGCCUUACAUCGCGGGAAUUUGGAGCCUUUGGCCUUGCAGAAGGCUUUUCCUCCGGGAGACACAGGGGCGCAUCGCAGCCGCGAGCUCCUGGAGGCCGCGCUGAAACGCGACCUGCCCCCGGCGCCCCUUCCGCGCUGGGUCUUGCCGGGAUUUAUUCGUGAACCCCAGAAGCGCCAGAAGGAGGAACUGUCGCAGCCUGUUCUGCGCGAAGGGCUCCUGAAACGCAGGCGUCUGAAGGAGGAGCCGAGUCGGGACGUGGAGCUGCCAAUACAGCUGGAAUGA